CCCCCUACUGCACGCUUGAAGAAACCAAAUAAAUCCCUUGGGUCACAGCACAGGCGCAUAGCUCAUGGCUAUGGCGACGGCGGAGGCGGAAGACGGUGGAUUUGAGGGAAGUUCCUAUCAGAUCCGGUGGAUAGGUUUCCCUUGCCGGAUCUUGCCGGCGGCGAGUCCAUACUGGGCAACAAACCCACUCAAACUCUAGUCUGCACGCCCGCUGAGUCCAGCAUCGGUGAUGCGGGUGAUGCAGCGCUGACAGUACAACUAGAUGUAAACAGUACUUGCGAGGAUGCGAUCCUGUCGGCGCCGAAAUCAGAGCAAUCAACUAGCAAAGACGAUCCUCAGAAGCCUGGAUUGACCAGGAGGUAUAUGAAUCUGACCCUGUAUUCUUAGUUCGUAUAUCCUUUGAAUUUGAUUACACUAUGUGAACUUUGUUGUGCUGAAUCGUAUUUGAUCUGAAUUGAUUUCCACGGACAGACAUGGCAUGUAUUCAUGGAGUAGUAUUUAGGGACUCUAUCCAUUAUUUAGGGACGCUGUCUACAUAACAUAUUGUCUGUCAUAUGCUUGCAACAACAGGUAAACGAACUGAAACAUUUGCUCUUUUUGUUCAAAUGUUCACAGGGGGUCCCAAAAAAAAGUAACACACGUUCCUACCGUUGCAAGUGUCCCAUAAUGAUAUAGUUACUCCGAUCAAAUGACAACGGCUGGUACAUAAAUCAGUGCAGGGCGAUGGAAGUAGCAAUAGAGAAAGUGAUGCCAGACACGACUCACCGUUGAUGCUAGUGGCACGUGCAAUUGGUCAUUUCAUGGGGCUAAAAGCUCCAGAACGAAAACAAAAGCUUGGUCGACCAAUCACCAGCAAGAGAGUUAUUUGCCCAAAACCACCACAUUAUGAGCUAGGGUAACAGAUCAGUACCACAUUUGAGGCAGGGCACAAAAAACCACCAACAAUGGGGCUAAUGUAUAACGCGGAGCACUGACGCUGCGUUUUAGCCCAGAAAACAGCGAAUCCGACAGGUGGGUCCCGCCUAUCGGGCUGACGUGGCAAAUACCAAGCAUAGAAAAAAAAAACUUUGACUAGCUGAGGUGGCAGAUGAGCUGCGGGCCCCGCCUGUCAUUGACUACAUGAUCAUCUUCAUCCCAUCUCUAUUUCUAUGGAGCAUUCUGUCGAGCAGCUUGUGCGCGGCGAGCCAUCUCUGCUGAUGCAAGUCGAGAGCUCCAUGGGCAAGGCGAAGGGGAAGCAGCGGCAGGACAAGUACUACCACCUCGCCAAGGAGCAGGGCUACCGGAGCCACGCGGCCUUCAAGCUGCAGCAGCUCGACGACCGCUUCCGGUUCCUCCCGCCGGCGCGCGCCGUGCUCGACCUCUGCGCGGCGCCGGGAGGCUGGAUGCAGGUGGCCGUCGCCCGUGCCCCCGUCGGCGCCUUCGUCGUCGGCGUCAACCUCGUGCUCAUCCGCCCCGUCCGCGGCGCGCGUCGUGCUCGACCUCUGCGCGGCGCCGGGGGGCUGGAUGCAGGUGGCCGUCACCCGUGCCCUCGCCGGCGCCUUCGUCGUCGGCGUCGACCUCGUGCCCAUCCGCCCCGUCCGAGGCGUGCGCCGUGCUUGACCUCUGCGCGGCGCUGGGGGCUGGAUGCAGGUGGCCGUCGCUCGUGCCCCCGCCGGCGCCUUCGUCGUCGGCGUCGACCUCGUGCCCAUCCGCCCCGUCCGCGGCGCGCACUCCCUCACGGAAGACAUCACCACCACCAAGUGCCGCUCCGCCGUGCGGAGGCUCAUGGACUCCAAGGGGGUCACCGCCUUCGACGUCGUGCUUCACGACGGCUCGCCCAACGUCGGCGGCACGUGGGCGACGGCCACCUGCAUCCAGCCCCCCGGCGCGAGAAGAGAGGAGAAAGAGACUAGUCAACCUGCCCACGUGGAAUUUUUUUGCCACAUCAUCUCGACAGGAAGGCCCCACCUGUCGGUUUCGCUGUUUUCUGGGCUAAAACGCAGCGUCAGUGCUCUGCAUUACAGAUUAGCCCCAUUGUUGGUGGUUUUUUGUGCCCUGCCUCAAAUAUGGUACUGAUCUGUUACCCUAGCCCAUAAUAUAGUGGUUUUGGGUAAAUAACUCCCAGUAGGAGUAAACUUCCGUAUGUUAAUCGUGGUGCAAAAAGCAAGAAGUACAGAUCGACAACAAAUGCACAAGCUGAAAAUGGAUGCAGGACAAGUAAACAAACUCGCUUCUCCAGUAUAUGUCGAGAACCAGGGCACAAGAGCACCACAUGUCCACAAAGAGGUGAUCUUCCUCAAAAAGAAAGGAAAGAUGCAAAAUACUCAAAACUGUGGCGUCGGUGGUCACAGAAAAAAACACCUGCAGCAAGCCUAGGGUUUUACUCCAUGUUGAAAAUGCUACCUUAGAGCCAAAUGCAAUUUGCGGGUGACUUCAUUUAGAUUCAGUGUUUUUGUUCUGUGUUGUUGAGGGCUUUGUAGCCAUUAACUUUAACCGCAAGACUCUCUGUUGUAAUAAUAACCGUCAGUGAAGAAGUACUACGUGUUGUUUGUGGUCAGGUUGUCACUGUGGUUUGAAUGUUUAUCAUGUAGAAGAAAAAAUGUAUGAGAUUAAGACUUGCCUAAUGUUGCAGUGUGCCUAUGCAUGCCCCCUUCUGUA